AUGGGCGCAAGAACGGCAAAAGAAGCAUGGGACACGUUGCAGGAGGAGUUCCAAGGAAUAGUCAAGGUACGCACAGUUAGACUACAAAAGCUUAGAAGAGAUUUUGAGAAUCUCAAAAUAAAGGAUAAUGAGACUGCAAAAUAUUACUAUUCUAGAAUUAAAGAAAUAGCAAAUCAAAUGGGAGCCUAUGGAGAAAUAAUUUCUGACAAGAAUAUAGUACAAAAGAUACUAAUUUCUUGUACAGAAAAAUAUGAUUCAAUAGUUUCUGUGAUAAAGGAAACUAAAGAUUUAGAAACUAUAUCACUAACUGAAAUAAUGGACUCUCUUGAAGCAUAUGAAAGUAGACGAGAAAGGCAUAAAGAAAGCGAAGCUGAAAAUACUUUUCAGUCUAAACUCAAUUCGCGGUCUCAAAAACCAAAAGCUUAUGGGAAAAAGACACAAGAAAAACAAAAAGAAAAUAACGAAAAGUAUCCUCCAUGUGCCAUUUGUAAAAGAAAAAGUCACUUGGAGAAAGACUGCUGGUUUAAAGGAAAACCACAGUGUCAAAAUUGUAAAAAAUUUGGCCACACUAAAAAAACUUGUCGUUUAAAGAAAGCCCAUCAAGCUAAUUUUUUCGAAGAGAAAAAUGAUGAAAACUCAAGACUAAAGUCAAAAUCGGUAAUGGUCACUUCAUGGAAGCAGUCAGCAAAGGCACCAUUGCCAUUGACACUAAAAGAGGUAAAAAUGAAAGAAAACAGAUGCUUUCCCAUACAAUGGAGAUAUGCAAGCAAUGUGGCAAUGCAAGCGCAAAUAGAUGAGUCAUGGUUAUGGUAUAGAAGGUUUGGUCACUUCAACUUCCACGGGCUAGAGAUCCUCACGCAGAAGAAUAUGAUGCGAGACCUCCCAAAAAUUAAGGAGAUCAACACAGUCUGUGAAGGAUGCAUGCUCGAGAAACAACAUCGUCAACCUUUUCCAUCUGGCAAAACUUGGAGAGUCAAAAAGCCACUGGAGCUAGUCCACACUGAUGUUUGUGGGGCAAUGCGCACUCCAUCAAAUGACCAAAACAAGGAUGGAGCACCAACUCACUAUUGGAUACGCACCAAACAAAAUGGGGUAUCAGAAAGGAAAAAUAGGACUGUUAUGGAGGCAGCAAGAGCCAUGCUACUAGAGAAAGGUCUCCUAAAAAGAUUUCGGGCAAAGGCAGUAAGCACUGUAGUCUACUUGCUCAACCGAUGUCCAACCAAAGCCGUGCAGAAUAAGACGCCAAUCAAAGCUUGGAGCAGACGUAAACCAUCAUUAAAGCAUCUCAAAGUCUUCGACUGCAUAUGCUAUAGUCACAUUCCAAAAGAGAAAAGAGACAAGCUUGAUGAGAAGACUGGGAAAGGAAUCUUCUUAGGCUAUAAUACUCAAUCAAAAGGUUAUCGAGUCUAUAGCUUAGAAACAAACAAUCUAAUAAUCAGUCAAGACGUAAAAUUUGAUGAAGAUGCUACAUACAACUAG